AGGACAUGAGGGACUACGACUGGAACAGUUUCAAGGAUUUAAUUUUCAGAAAUCCCGCUGUUGUCGACCAGGACCCACAUGUGGAUGAUGGUGAUGAGAACACUGAGCGUGGGAACUGGGCCAGCAAAAAGGAGUACAUCCUCUCUACGAUCGGCUAUGCUGUUGGAUUGGGAAAUAUCUGGAGAUUUCCAUAUUUGGCCUACAAGAAUGGAGGGGGUGCCUUUCUUAUUCCCUACUUUGUGAUGUUGGUGGUGACCGGAAUUCCUCUUUUCUUCCUGGAAAGCGCUUUCGGCCAGUUUUGCAGCCAAGGUCCAAUCAACAUAUGGAGAUCAGUGCCAAUCCUGCAGGGUGUUGGCAUUGCCAUGGUUUUGGUGACUCUGAUAGUAUCAAUUUACUAUAACGUCAUCAUCGCCUACAGCCUGUACUACAUGUUUGCCUCUUUCCAGUCUCCUCUGCCGUGGGCCAGCUGCUUCAGCUGGGCUGACAGUAACUGCAGCGACACGCCCACAGUGUAUUGCAAUGUAAGUGGUGUUUUAGUGGCCAACUGGACUCAGGAAAACAGCACUUGUUCUUCAUCCGACACGAUCGCAGUUCCAGUGCAGAGCCCCAGUGAGCAGUAUUGGGAUCGCGUGGCUCUGCAGAGAUCCAGUGGUCUGGAUGAAACAGGACCAGUUGUUUGGCACUUGGCCCUCUGUCUGCUGCUGAGCUCCAUGCUUGUUGCUGCAGCGCUCAUCAGAGGCAUCAAGUCAUCAGGCAAAGUUGUGUAUUUCACAGCUACGUUUCCUUAUGUGGUGAUUCUGAUCCUGCUGAUCAGAGGUGUGACACUAGAGGGAGCUAGAGAUGGGAUAGAGUUUUACAUUGGCUCCCAAUCCAAUUUGACCAAACUGACAGAGGCCCAGGUGUGGAAAGAUGCAGCAACUCAGACCUUCUAUUCUCUGUCGAUCGGCUGGGGUGGAGUCAUGACUCUUGCUUCCUACAACAACUUCCACAACAACGUGUUCAAGGACUCAUUUAUUGUAACACUUACUAAUGCUGGUACGAGUGUGUUGGCAGGCUUUGCCAUAUUUUCAAUUUUGGGUCACAUGGCUCACAUCUACAAAAUGCCUGUUGGAGAAGUGGUGAAGGAAGGAUUUGGCCUGGCAUUCAUUGCAUAUCCAGAUGCUCUGUCUAAGCUUCCUAUUUCCCCUCUGUGGUCCAUUUUGUUCUUCUUCAUGCUUUUGACUGUUGGUCUGGACUCACAGUUUGCAGGAAUAGAGGUGAUCACCACCUGCCUGCUCGACGCCUUCCCCAAAAUCUUCAAAUCCAAACAUGCUUUAUUGACUCUAACAACAAGUUCCAUCCUCUACCUCCUGGGCCUGCCAUGUGUCACAAGGGCAGGAAUAUACUGGGUGACUCUAAUCGACCAGUUUGUUGCCAGCUGGGUGCUGCUAUUUUUGGCUCUCUUGGAGAUCAUUGGUGUCUGCUACAUAUAUGGAGGGAACCGUUUUAUUAAAGAUAUUGAGAUGAUGCUUGGAAAUAAGAGCUUCGCUUUCUGGCUGUGGUGGAGAGCAUGUUGGUUCUUCCUCAGUCCCUGCAUCAUUGUGGUGAUCCUGGUCUGGUCUCUGAUGACGUUCACGCCACCCUCCUACGGGGCAGUCCAGUUCCCAGACUGGGGCUUGGCUCUGGGCUGGUGCAUGACUGUCUUUAUCCUCCUCUGGAUCCCUGUCACCGCCGUGUACAAGCUGAUCAGAGCAGAGGGAAACCCCUGGAAGCGUCUGAAGUCACUGUGCUCUCCCUCUGAGGAAUGGCAUCCCUACCUGGACGUCCACCGAGGAGAACGCUACUCAGACGAACGCUGCCGCCACAGGAUGAAGCACAGACACAAACCAGAACUGAAUGUAAAUGUGAUCACUAGCUCGUGGCUCUGACGUGUGUUUCUGUGUGUUUACCUGGCAUUUUCUUCACCUCAGUGAAACAGUGUUGUGUGUGUGAACACCUUGUACAGAAAGUUUAAGUUGCACUGAGUGUUUUUUUUACCUCCAGGAGGCAGAGAAUGACUCGAAUACAAACUCAGUGUCCCACCUGCUGAAUGUCAAGUCUGACACUGACUUUUGUUUUAGCUGUGCUUUGGUUAUUACUGAAGGGAAAAGUAUCUCAGUGUACUGCCUCCACCAGCCACGCUGUCAUCUGCUGUCCACCGUUUCCUCCUGGGCCAGGCAGCAUACAGCAAACUCGUGUGAGGUCCUUGGUUUACAGUAAAUGGAGCAGAGCAAUUUCAGGCUCGGCCACACAGACCAGUGACCAGUGAGUUAAAAGAUGCUGAAAGCUACUUAGACCAAUAUUAGCAGUGCUGUCAUGUAUAUAUCAAAAUGUUGCUGAGUGGGGCUUUUGAUUCUCGUGGUUCUUACAGUUUACUUUUCAUGGACUUUUUAUUUAUUUGACUGUCUUUGUUUACUCUUCAGUAGAGAGUGUUGUCUUUUCUACCACUUAACUGCUGUACAUCCUC